UUCUAUAAUUUAAAAUCGCAAUUUGUAUUCAUGUUAUUGCAACAUUACAAAGAAAAUGAAGAUAAAGGUCAUCUCAAGAGCAAUUGGGAACAGUGUGCACUAUGUGUAUAGGGAGUGGGGGAGAAGAAGUUUGCAGCCAGAUGUAGGAUGCCAACAUUAGAGGGAAGAUUGGACAAAAAAUGUUAGCACGUGAGGCUGUUUGGGCUCGAUGCUGCAUUCAGCAUCUGAUCCACAAGACUAUUAUGACAUCACUAUCUUGAUCUUUACAGAUCAAGAAGGUAAAGGAGCUGCUUCAAUUAAUAAUCUUAUAAAGUCUAUAAUUUGCUCUGUAAAAUGAGUUGGUUGUUUGGUGGAGGAAGCAGUUCUGACUCCAGCUCAGAAAGUUCCCACAGCUUUGAAACAGACUCAAGCUCAUCAAGCUUCAACCCUGGCUUCUCAGAUUCAAGCUUCUCCAGUGGUUCAGGUUCAUCAGAUGCAGACAAUGCCCAAAUGACAGAGAUGCUGCAGAUUGAGGAGAGCAAAGCCACAUUCAAUAGCACGGUUCACAAAAUCAACAGCCAGUGUUUUGAAAUUUGUAUGAAAUCUGAGAAGAUUUCCGAUUCCCUGACCAGCCGGAACCGGCAAUGCAUUUCUGACUGCUGCGAUCGCUACGUCGACACUUCUCUUUAUGUCACCAAUCGCUUUGCUCAGCUUCUGCAAGGCAAGGCAUCGCGCUAAACCUUAGCCUCCUGUACAUAGUUAGUGUAGGACUGAGCAAUUUAAACUUAAUACGCCUCUCCUAAUUUUAAGUAAGAGAGGGGGUUUCUGACCCCUCUCUCGCUUCAACGAAAGUAUCCACACUUGCCAUGUCUCCAUUUUCAUUCGUAGGCAUAGAAAUAGAGCACUGACGAAAAAGCACUUCGCCUGAUGUCGAUAUAUUUUUCGUUUUGCUGUCAUUUUUGUGCUUGAUUACAUCGUAAUGAUUGUGUGAUAUUUUGAAAGAUAUUUUUUUUACCAAAAGCUUUUCUCUGUCAAAAACUACUUUGGAAUUGAAUGUUUUGUAUAAUAUUUUUUUUACAUCGCAAUAACUAAAUAGAAUGUUGGAUAUUCCUUUGAAUACAUUGUUCCCCCAAG